UGUGGAGGUGAACCAGCCUGUCCUGUGUGUGUCCUGCAGCCUAACGACCCGGUGACCAACAUCUGCCAGGCGGCAGACAAGCAGCUGUUCACCCUGGUGGAGUGGGCCAAGAGGAUCCCUCACUUCUCCCAGCUGGCCCUGGACGACCAGGUCAUCCUGCUGCGGGCAGGUCAGUCUGGAGGCUACACACACUCCUCUCUCUGCCUCUCCUCUCCUGGGAUCCUGCUAGCGACAGGGUUGCAUGUGCACCGCAACAGCGCCCACACCGCAGGGGUGGGAGCUAUCUUCGACAGGGUGUUGACGGAGCUGGUGUCGAAGAUGAGAGACAUGCAGAUGGACAAGACGGAGCUGGGCUGUCUGAGGGCCAUCGUCCUCUUCAACCCAGACUCUAAAGGCCUGUCUAACCCAGGGGAGGUGGAGACUCUGAGAGAGAAGGUUUACGCGUCCCUGGAGGCCUACUGCAAACACAAGUACCCAGACCAGCCUGGCAGGUUCGCCAAGCUGUUGCUGCGGUUACCGGCGCUGCGUUCCAUUGGGCUGAAGUGUCUGGAACACCUGUUCUUCUUUAAGCUCAUCGGGGACACGCCCAUCGACACCUUCCUGAUGGAGAUGCUGGAGGCUCCGCACCAGAUGACCUCAUGA